AUGUCGCGCUUUUUCUACGGCAACGACAGCGACAGCGACACCAGCGGCUCCGACGAGGAGGAGCUCUACAGCGAUGACGAGGUCGAGAAGUCCGAGGAGGAAUCUAGCGAGGAGGAGGACGCCUCUUCGGAGGAGGAGUCCUCUGAGGAUGAGGACGCUGGAAAAACCGGUGUCAACCGUUUCAUGAAGGAUGUGAGCGACAGCGAAGAAAGCGAGGAGGAAGAUGUGGUCAAGGUCGUCAAGAGUGCGAAGAACAAGCGACUGGAGGAACUCGAGAGCACGAUCAAGUUGAUCGAUAAUGCCCAAAAGAUCAACGACUGGGCGGUUAUCUCAGCAGAGUUCGAUAAGAUGAACCGUCAGAUCGUCAAGGUCCUCCAGUCCGGCCCCGUUCCCAAGAUUUACGUCAAGACCGUUGCGGACCUCGAGGAUUUCGUCAACGAGGCCGUCACCAAGCAGAAGUCGUCGAACAAGAAGAUGAACGCUAGCAACGCCAAGGGUUUCAACGCCAUCAAGCAGAAGAUCAAGAAGAACAACAAGGAGUAUGCUGCGCAGGUCGAGAAGUACCGGGCGAACAAGGAUGGCUACAUGGAGAGCGAGGAUGAGGAAGAGAAGAAGAAGCCCGCCCCUGCUGCCCCUCGCCUGAGCAAGCUUGAGCGCGUUGAGGCCCCCGCUGCCUUCGCCGGAGACGACGAUGGUUUCGCGACCGUUGGCCGUGGCGGAAAGACCCUCCAGUACACCCCCGAGAGUAUCCUGAAGCACCUCCGCGUUAUCGUCGAGUCACGAGGAAAGAAGAACACCGACCGUCUCGAGCAGAUCAAGACCAUGGAGAAGCUCCUGGAGGUGGCCCAGACCCCUUACCAGCGCAUCCGUGUCUACCUCACCCUCAUCUCCACCCGUUUCGACCUUACUACCACAUCCACCGCUGCUUACAUGAGCGUCGACCAAUGGAAGGCCGCCGAGCAAGAACUGGCUACCCUGCUUUCCGUUCUUGAGACGGAGCGCAACUACAUCGUUAGCGAAGGUGCCGAGGAGUGGGAGGACGACGAGAAGCAGCCUCAGGUUGCCACUGGCGAGACUUUCUACAUCCCUGGAAGCAUCGUUUCAUACGUCGAGAGAUUGGAUGAUGAGCUCACACGGUCUCUGCAACACAUCGAUCCUCACACUGCCGAAUACAUUGAACGUCUGAGUGAUGAGAAGCAGUUGUACGCUAACCUUGUGCGAACUCAGAUCUACGUCGAGGCUCUCACAAGGAUGGAGAAGACGGAUCAGCGCCAGGACAGCCUGAACCGGGUUGUUAUGAGGAGACUUGAGCACGUCUACUUCAAGCCUUCUCAGGUUGUCACAAUUUUGGAGGAGGGCACAGAGAAGGCCCUUCCUUCCGAGCUGGAGACUUCCAUCACAACCCGUGGUAACACGGACGCCCUGACCCUGGUCCAGACGCUAUGCAACUACCUUUUCAAGAACAGCGACGGUAUCCUCCGGGCGCGUGCUAUGCUGGCUCAGAUCUAUUUCCUCGCUCUUCACGACCAGUACUACCGUGCUCGUGACCUCAUGCUCAUGUCCCAUUUGUCCGAGAGCAUCGCCAACUUCGACGUCAGCUCCCAGAUCCUCUUCAACAGGACCCUGGUCCAGAUUGGUCUGUGUGCCUUCCGCGCUGGCCUUAUUUACGAGGCCCAGAACACCCUCUCCGAGAUCUGCGGUAGCGGACGUCAAAAGGAGCUUCUCGCCCAGGGUAUCAUUCUCCAGCGUUUCUCCACCGUCUCCCCCGAACAGGAGCGUCUCGAGCGUCAACGCCAACUCCCAUUCCACAUGCACAUCAACCUUGAACUGCUCGAGUGCAUCUACCUUACUUCCAGCAUGUUCCUUGAGGUUCCUCUGAUGGCCCAGACCUCCUCUUCCCCCGAGAUGAAGCGCCGCGUCAUCUCCAAGACUUUCCGCCGCAUGCUCGACUACAACGAGCGACAGGUCUUCACAGGUCCCGCUGAGAACACCCGUGACGGCGUCAUCAUGAGCGCCAAGUUCCUUGCCGCCGGCGACUGGAAGAAGGCCGCCGAGAUGCUCAACUCCAUCAAGAUUUGGGACCUUAUGCCGCAACCAGAGAAGAUCAAGGAGAUGCUCUCCCAGCAGAUCCAGGAGGAAGGUCUCCGCACAUACCUCUUCACCUACGCCCCCUUCUACGACAGCCUCUCCAUCUCCACCCUGUCAACGAUGUUCGAGCUCUCUGAGAAGAAGAUCGCCGCUAUCAUCAGCCGCAUGAUCUCCCACGAGGAACUCGGCGCCGCCCUCGACCAGGUCAACGACGCUAUCAUCUUCCGCAAGGGCGUCGAGCUCUCCCGCCUGCAGUCCCAGAUCGUCACCCUCGCCGACAAGUCCAUGAACCUCCUCGAGGCCAACGAGAAGACCCUCGAGCAACGGACACAGGGCAUGGCCAAUGCCUUCCAGCGCGACCAAGGUGCUGGUGGCCGUGGCGGCCGCGGUGGCCGAGGUGGUGGCCAGGGUCGUGGUGGACCCCGAUUCCCUGGUGGAGGCCAGCGCCGGCCCGGUGGUCAGCAAUUCGGUGGUGGUGCAUUGGGUGGAGCGAUCAAGGCAUAA